AUGACCCCCCGGAGCCGCUUUAGGACAUGGAUCCCAAAGGAGCAAGAGGACCAGGAAGUGCCGCUGAUCCUCACAGACCUUUGCCUGCUGCUGCCCCACAGGGAACAGGGAGCUGCUGAGGAGCCACAUGGUCCAUCCCUGGAUUCUCCAAGCACUGACUGCCCAUCCACUCUGACCACAGCCAGGAGCCAUAUCCCACUGCCUGCCCAGCAUCCAUCCAUGGAGGUGAGCACCAUAUCUCCAUCUCCCGCCUCUCCGGCUGAAGGAGAUGAUCUGUGUGAGAUCGAUGUCACCGAUGUGGCCAUGCACAGUGUGACACUGCUCAUCUGCCUCUGUGGGCUGGCUGGGAACAGGGCUGUCAUCGGUCUCCUCAGCCUGAAAAGCAGGAACGCAGGCAUAUUUGACCUGGCUGUCAUUGACUUCCUCUUCCUCCUCAUUGCAGUCCCCUCUGCCCUCCUCAUCUUGGUGGAGGAUUUGUCCUGCUCUCCUAUCCUGCCCCUGAUGUACAUGAACUUCGUUUUCCAGCUCUCAGUGGUCUCCUGCUACUGGGCGCUGUUCCGGCUGAUGCCCGGCAGUGCUGUACUGUAUAUGUACAGGCUCUGCAAGCUCUGCUGCCACUUUGACCUUCCUCUGCGACUGUGGUGGGUGGUGGACACUGUCCAGUAUUGGGCUUUCUUUGCUCUCUUCACUGUCAUUCCCACGGUUACAUUCCUCUGCCCAUCACACAAGCAGGAGCACUGCCGGGCAGCUCUCAUCUCCAUGUACAGCAUAAUCCUGCUCCUCGUUGCUGCACCUCUGUUCAUUUCCAGCACAAUCGAUUUCAUUAAGACCAAGUGGGGCUCCCAGCAGCAGCAACCCAAGAGGCGCGACAUUGUUAUUGACCUCACUGUGCUCUUCACUCUCCUCCUCACCAUCUGUGGUUUCCUGCAGCAGCUCGGUUACAUCCUUGUGUCCUCAGAGGUGGUUUUCCUGCUCAUCUGCAUCCUCAGCAGCAUCAAACCCUUCAUCUACUUUUUGGCAGGCAGGUGCAGGGGCCCUGCUCUGUGCAGUCCCUCCAGCUCUCCCUCCAGAGAGUCUUUGAGGAGUGAAAAGAAAAAACAGCCCACAGCAAUGAUCCUGCCAGGGACACUGGGGUCUGAGUCUUCUGAUAACUUGCACUGCACUGCUGAAGGACCCUGGGACAGUGACUGAGAGAUUCCUUGAGUCUCCUGGUCAGUAAAUGCCCACAGUGUCACCCUCCCUGUGCUGGGGCAUCCCCAGCCCCUUUCCAGGCCGCUCUGGGCUCUGAUCCGUGCUUGUGAGGCCUCAGCCUUGAGGAGCAGCCCCUGGGCUCAGCUGCUCUGGCGCUGAUCAGAAACACCCUCUGCUCCCAGGAACUGCUGCUGUCCAACCACCUCCUGGGCCUUUAUCAACGGCCUUGGGAAUUGUUUUCCUUCCCUGAAGGCCACAGCAUCCCUGCUCUCCCACUUUCCCAGAGAGCUGCCUGCCCAAAGUGUGGCCAGGGUGAAACAUUGCUGUGAGUGACGCCCAUCCCUUGGGGCCUGUGAGCAGCGGCCCAAAAGGAGACCCUUGGAGCUCUCCUGGGCCCAGCAGCGCUGAGCAGAAGCUCCCUGGGAGUGGGGCCU